UAGCCAUCUACCGCUAGCACAAGUUUUCGGAUUUUUGGGACUUGCCUCCGUCCAAGAACAUGAAGGCUCUUAUAUCUCGCAGCGCGUCUCAUACCGGUCUCGUCUCGCCUUGGAUCCACCUGCCGCCAUGGUACUGGCACGUCCUUCUUUGAUACCAAACUCAUCCCAGGGCCCCGUGCUACUCACCAGGCCAAACGCCAUAUGGAUAAUCAGUAUCCUUGGCCAUUGUUUGGGCCCUAUCAUGCCCUUAUUCAAGGAGGUUCACCCUCCCAUCGGCGGUGCAGGACCAUGACCACACCUCCGCUGAGCUAUGUGCUUUACUGCUCACCGGGAGGGAGCAGUCGCAUCGUGAUCUUGCAUCGCGAGAUCACCGGCAGCGAAACGGCAAACAGCCACGUGGGUACGACGCCCAACUUGGCAUGUCCGGGAAAAUUGCCACUUGGCACUUACCAUGACCUGCGGCCGCGUCGCCUCGCUCCCUGGCGAUGCGGCGAGCUCACUACAAGAUUGGGAGCAUGUCAGGUUCGACCUGGCAUGUGUUUUUUGGUGCCCGUGAAGCGGCAGGAGUGCAAAAUCGACGUGGGUGUCGAUUGGGAUUUUUUUGGAUCUUCACAAGCUCAUUUACAGCAAGGAAGGAACUUCCUAUGGAUGUCUUCGGCUCUCCCCCGUGCCCACCACGCUCGCCGUUCCCCCGCGAAUUCAGGACGACUCCCACGGCACUGCACCCCACUUCAAAAUCAACGACGACUUUUCUCCUCGACUCCCAGUACCACGUCGGCAGUAUAUACUGCAGCAGGACCACUGGAAUCCACGGCGAGGACCGGUUUUAGAGCCCCCGUCUAUGUCCCUUGCUCGCCGCCGCCGCUGAUUCCCUCAAUUUCCCCAGUUCUACCCACUACGACUUCUGCAGCGCGUCUGGCACAGCAGUGACGAUUUCAACGCCUUUCGGAGGUGUAGCGACUGCGCUGUAGACCAUCACCAAGUCCGUCGUCAUCGCAGUGUAGCCGCCGUCUCUCCCAGUACCAUCCUCCUUGCCUCUAACAGCGACGGCGACUUCUCUGGAGCUUCAAGUGCCCAGGGAAUGACGCCUCCCCACUACUAUUAUCUCAGCUAUGAAAUUUAUACUUGGAUCGGUCGUCUU